UUUGACAUUAACAGAAACAAAGAGCCACGACAGGAGGAUUAGCCUUCAACACAGAGCAGCUGCAGCGUGCGACAACAGCGCAAUGGCGAGUCCGGAGGACGUGAUCGAGCCGGUGGCAAAAAGCUCAGCGGCCCAAAAGCUGGGCAGAAGGCGCUUUAUGCACGACAUCCAGAACCUGAGUCCAGACGAGAUAGAUGGCCUCAUGUCUAGCAGCGAGGGUCGGCCUUUCCUCGUGGUGCAUCAUCUUCCUGAGCUGAAAGAAGAGGGAGUGCCAAUGUUAAUGCCUGGUACUCCUGUUACAUGCAGAGUGGACAACACAGAAAAAUACACUACUCGCUCUAAGGUCCGAGUGGGCACCCUGUACACAGUACGGCUAACGCACGGUCAUUUCCACUGGACAGUGAAGAGGAAGUACAAGCACUUCCAGGAGCUGCAUCGAGACCUCUACAAGCACAAGAUGAUGAUUCACUUGCUGCCUCUGGGAAGGUUUGCAAAGGACAGGCACCAGCUGAGAGCCAUGUCAGAGGAAAUGCCCAGCCUGCACGGGACUGAACGCACCAGAAGGACCUCAAGCAAAAUGAAAUACCUUGAGGAGUACCUGAACGGUCUGCUGGAUAAUGUGUUUUGUAGGAACGACCACAGCAUGCUUGAAUUCCUCUCUGUGGGCGCACUCUCCUUCGUCACUGAUCUUGGACCCAAAGGCUUGGAGGGACCCAUCUUCAAGAGGUCAGGCGGCCACCGGAUUCAAGGCCUGAACUGCAUCGGCCACCAUCAGAUCUGUUUCCGCUGGUCCCGGCGCUGGCUGGUGGUCAAAGACUCCUUCCUGCUGUACAUGAACAGAGACAACGGCAGCAUCAACUUUGUGCUGCUGUUUGACCCUGAGUUCAAAGUGAAAGUGGGCCGCGCUUACACAGACACCAAAUAUGGAGUCUGCAUUGAGAACUUCACUCGGAGCCUGAUCAUCAAAUGCAGCAGCUAUAGACAGAUUCAUUGGUGGAGUCAUGAGAUCAACCGGUUGGCAGAAACCUGUGACUUUCUCAAAGUGCAACGCUUUGACUGCUUUGCUCCGCCGAGAGAAAACAUGCUCACUAAAUGGUAUGUGAAUGGAAGUGGAUACUUUGAAGACCUGGCUGAUGCGCUUGAACAAGCAAAGGAGGAAAUCUUCAUCACAGAUUGGUGGCUCAGCCCUGAAGUUUUCCUCAAGAGACCAGCAGCUGAUAACUACUGGCGUCUGGAUCACAUACUCAAACGCAAAGCGGAGCAAGGGGUCAAAGUGUGCGUCCUGCUGUACAAAGAGGUGGAGAUGGCCCUCGGCAUCAACAGUGAGCACAGCAAGAGGACUCUUAUGAAUAUGCACCCAAACAUCAAGGUGAUGCGUCAUCCUGACCACGUCUCCUCUGUGGUGUUCAUGUGGGCUCACCAUGAAAAGAUGGUGGCCAUUGACCAAACAGUGGCCUUUGUGGGGGGGAUUGACCUGGCGUUUGGGAGGUGGGACAAUAGCCAGUACCGGCUGACUGACUUGGGUUUGAAGGAGAAGGCUGCCGGUGAAACGGACGAGGCCCUGAAAGCAGAUACAGUGGACAAUGGUGGGGCUGAUGGUCAAAAACCCUCUGAACCAGAUAAGCAAGCAGAGCAGGACCCCGGGGAUCUGACUGGCAACACUAAACUGUGGCUUGGCAAAGACUACAGCAACUUUAUCAGGAAAGACUGGGUCCAACUGGACAGACCGUUUGAGGAUAACAUCGACCGUACUCAAGUUCCUCGCAUGCCGUGGCGUGAUCUGUCUGCGGCUACUCAUGGCAGCGCUGCCAGGGACGUGGCCCGCCACUUCAUCCAGCGCUGGAACUUCACCAAGAUCUUCAAAAACAAGUACAAGGACGACUUCUACCCUUACCUCCUCCCUAAGUCCCAGUGUACUGCUGACAACCUCACAUACACUGUGCCUGGGUCCACAAAGGCCAAAGUGCAGGUGCUGCGCUCUGCCGAUCGCUGGUCUACUGGAACCUGUGAGAGCUCAAUCCUCAACGCGUACAUCCACACCAUCGAAAACAGCGAGCACUACAUCUACAUCGAGAACCAGUUCUUCAUCAGCUGUGCCGACGGGAAAACUGUCUACAACGGGAUCGGUGAUGCAAUUGUGAAGCGGAUUUUGCGUGCACACAGAGAGCAGAAGAAGUACAGAGUGUUCGUGGUGGUUCCUCUGCUUCCUGGGUUCGAGGGAGACAUCAGUGCAGGAGGUGGAAAUGCCAUCCAAGCGAUUCUGCACUUCACUUACAGGACCAUGUGCCGAGGGGAGCACUCCAUCCUGGCAAGACUUAGUGAAGUUAAGGACCAGUGGACUGAAUACAUCUCACUCUGCGGCCUGAGAACACACGCCCAGCUCUAGUCGCUCGUCACAGAGCUCAUCUACGUUCACAGCAAGACCCUCAUUGCUGACGACCGCUGCUAUAUCAUUGGAUCGGCCAACAUCAACGACCGCAGCAUGCUGGGCAGCAGAGACAGUGAGAUGGCUGUGUUUGUGGAAGACGAAGAGAGGGUCCCGUCCGUCAUGGGAGGGGAGGAGUACCAGGCGGGACCCCUCACACUCGCUCUGCGCAAACAGUGUUUCAGAGUCCUUGUUGGAGCUUCUUCAGACCCCAGCAUCAAUAUUGAAGAUCCAAUCAGUGAUGAUUUCUUCUUCUUGGCCUGGAACGCAGCUGCUAAACAGAAUGCCAUCAUUUAUGACAAGGUCUUCAAAUGCCUGCCCUACAACUCAGUCCACAACAUGCGGCAGCUGAAGGAGUACACCGGCGAGGAGCGACUCUGCGACACAGACCCUGAAAAGGCCGCAGAGGAGCUGAAGGCGAUCAGAGGGCUGCUGGUCCACUAUCCCCUGAGGUUCCUGUGUGAGGAGAACCUGUUACCUCCUUUGGGCACCAAAGAGGGCAUGGCUCCCGUUGGGCUGUGGACGUAACCACAGCUCCGGACCACUACGUGACAGUUUAAAGGGCUGCUGUACCACAUGCUCCAUAAUCACAUGGUCAGCGCUGCACACUAAAGUAGUUAUAGCACUGGCACUUCAACGGUGAGGAAAAGAUAUGACUCAUAAGACCUUUUCACACAUGCCCACCUGAAAAUCUCAGAACACAAAAAAACGUCCUGAGUUGCCCUUUCACACAUGUCCCUCACAGCGGGAGAUUUUCCCCGUCGUUCAGGAGGAGGGGGGGGGGGAUCCCAGGAGCCUGAACAUGACGUCAAAAGGGUGCUUCUGUAGUCAUCGUUGGUACAUUUACAUGUACGGUUAUAGCUUGAUUAGACCAUUCAUUAGGACUACUGUCCUUGUCUCUGUAUACAAACCCCGGGGAAGAAUUGAUUUAUUCAUGGAAGUAUAUCUGACUCACCUACCGUAGUUAGCGAUAAGCCGUUUUUCAACUUAUUACUUUUGGACCAUCUUCUGCUUGACUUAUUACAUCACAUACAAAGUGUGUAUUAAUGACUGAUAAUAACCCAGUAGGCUACUAAUUAGCAUGCUAAUAAGCAGCUAGUUAAUGGUGAAUAUUGUGACCUUUGUUUUAAAUGUUACCGUUGAAGCCAGGUGUGGACACCGUGGAGCAUGAGCAAAACGCCAAAGUCCUUUUCUGGCUGUUUGAGGUGUUACUACAAGACUGAAUCGAACCCCAACUGCAUUAUGUAGGUGUGUUAGUGUGAGUUAAAGAAAUGGGGAUUUAGAGUGAUUUUAGUGGGACUAACAUUUUUACACGUUCUUUUUAAAAGUGCAGUUUUAGUCGAACUAACUCAAUAUAUCAACUUUAGUAUCGUGUAAACGUACAGAGUGAAAAGUUUACAACAUAUCCAAGAUGGCAGAAAAAGCAACGUAGUCGUAUAGCUUUUUGAUAACCCUCUUUAUAAUAUACUGUGUGUUUGGAUGUAUUAAAAGUAUCAACACACAAGUGGGAAAGAACAUGGGCAUGAGCAGAAAUUGUACGGGGCAGCUUCAUUCCCUCUACAAACUGGUUACAUUUUAUAAACUUCACUAGCCCCAGCCACCCCUCGCUCAGAGGGAAUUUUCCUGAAUAUAACCGGCUGUGUUCACACAUCAGCUCACCCUGACUUAUUGCGGAAAAAGUCUGAAUAAAUUUGGGGUGAAUCAUGCAGCCGUUUGCGUUCACACAUGCAGUCCACCCUGAAAGAAACAGGACAUUUUCAGGACUUUAGUUCCAGUGUGAAAGGGGCUUCCGAUGUUUUGUAUUGUCUUUGUGACUGACAAUGAGUUAGUCUGAAUAUAACCACUAAAAUGUUCGAUUUUAUGAUGAUUAUCUAUUAGAGCAGUAGCUUCAUCAUCUGUAUCGGCCAGUUUGUUCUCGAUGUCUGCUCCAGAACUUCUUCAAGACAAUCUGAACCGACGCUGGUGAAACAAAAACAAAAAAAAAAAGCACAAAUGAAUGUAUGAGUCAGUGAGGAUGUGAGGUUGUAUUGGAAACCUAGCAUCUCACAUGAUCUGGGAACAUCGUGUACAGUUAUUGGUGCAAGGUUUUUAGGUGGGUGGCUGUGUCUCUCUCUCUCUCUCUCUCUCUCUCUCUCUCACACUCACUCGCUCUCACUCUCUCCCUCUGAGGCUUCACCUCUCACUGCAGUGCCAGCAAAUCUGUCAGAACAUUUGUGGUUGUUAUGGCAACGGAUAUAAAGAGAUGACUGGAUUGGAGCUGAAACACAGACUGGAUAGAGAAGGAGAAGAAGAGUACUGAUAACAGAGAUAACUUACUAAAUCACGAUGGUGUUUGUGGGAAGACAGACUGGAAUGCGUAGAGAGAAAAAGGACGGACGAUUUCUGUGGAGGCCGAAUCAUUUGAAUAGUUUUGGAUGAAAGAUCAGGUGGGAUAAAGGUGGGAGUGAAAUAAAAGCAGGACAAGAUAAUGAAAGGGUGUCGGGGCUGAUUUACCGAUAAUUGUUGCAUUUCCUUUUUUCAAAGUCACCAUGACAACCAAGUGAGUUAUUAUUUAACCAUGUUGUCUGCAGUCGAGAACAGAACAUUCCUCUCUGCUCUGACAAAGCUGUAUGCAGAGACAUGAAGUGUUUCACUGUAGAGUGUCUCGAUUAUUUCCACGGUUCUGCAUCCAGGUGCCAUAACAUGCCCAGAAUAUCUACCCUAUAAUAAUGUGCUCGCAACAAAACAAUUGUUCGGUGCAUUAUAUUUACAUUUGUGUUACAUUGGGCAUUGUCUUAUUUCAGAUUUGGAUUCAGACAAGUUUAGGAAUCCUAGAAGAGCAGUUCAGUUUCACAGCCUACUGAGUCAUUGAGAGAGGCCAAGACAAUUUAAAAACAACUAAAACCCCUAAAAACAGGUAGACAGGCAGGCUGCUGGGUCGCACACAGUGGAGCGCCCCCUACUGUAACGUGUCUUACAUGAAUCAUGCAGCUCCCGCGGUUAGAGCAUUAUCACGUCAUAUUUUUCAUCUUAAAAUGCAAAAGAAUUUUAUGCUAUUUUAAAUAGAUAGAUAAGUUUACUUUAUUGAUCCCAGACUGGGAAAUUGUGGUGAUACAGCAACAGGUUAUUAAAGCAAAUAAAACAGAAAACUAGAUACAAAGUAAAUAAGCCCUAACAAUAUAUAUAAAAAAAAUACAUCAAGAAUUUAGCUUAACAUUACAAAUUAGUCAAGGAUGUAAAAAAAAAAAAAAAAUCAUGUCAGUUUUUCUGCUAAUUCCCUUUACUGAGCCAUGAGAAUCACAGUGACUACUGAGCAGUUUAGAAAGGUAUUGCAAUUCGUGCUGGGAAUCUUUGGGUGUCUCACGACUCGAUUUCGAUUCUUGUGAUGACGAUUCGAUUUGAGAAUCUAUUUUCUAUUCAAAAAGAUUCUGGAUUCAUGAUUCAAAGUGUAUUUUUGAAUAAGUACACACUUCAUCAGGAUUUACUCCAGUCAUCUGUGAGGCCGGCUGAGUAUCUUGCUGCCCCAUUUAUCAUUCUACUGAGUUAAAGAGCUAGCCUUAGCACUUAGCAGGGAGUGACUGAUUAACCAAAAAACAAGUUAUGAAUCGAUUUAAAAUCUCAGAAGAUAAGAAUCUCGAUUUUUACAUAAAUCGAUUUUUUUAAUCGCAAUGGACUAAUGUAGCACCAGUAAUGAACGAAGGGCUCUUGAAAGUUUUGUUAUGACUGAUAUCAUGUUAGAGUUGACAUGAGCUGUCUUCUUUAUGUAGAAAAAAAAUCAUUUUACAAUGACAAUAUAUCGUCCAUAACUAUUUAACACGGGCGUCAUCACAGGAGUCUGACCAAGACGAGGGCUUUCUUUAACCUCAGAUUUAACAAUGUUUCUAAGACCACUUUAUGUCUCUCAUAGUUUGUCACAUGGCACCGAGUCUUUCCAAGUUCAUUCAGUGCCUUUUGUAAAGCAUCUGUUCCAUAACAAAGUUUUUAGUGAACUACCAGCAGAGGGACAGAUGAUAUGUUGUAUAAUGGACCUUAUGAAUGGGGAUCAGUUUCUCAUAGUCUUAGCCUUUUCAUCGUGUUCACAUGAGAUCUAUAUAAAAUGCUAAUAAAUGACUGCCCCGUGUUUUUAGAGAGGUCUGAAUCUAAGGACGUUCGGUGGAGGGGUGUGGUGAUUAUGUUGUAAUGUAGCUCAAACUUCUAAUGAGUGGGACUUGGUUGUAGCGAUGGCAGAGCUGGAGAAAGUGCACAGAUUGCCUCACAGCCUUUGGAGACUUGCCCACUAGUCAUCAACACUACCUGUGUGGUUUCAGUGCAAACUUGGUCUGUGAAUGUGACAGAUGAUAAGUAUCCCUCAGGAAUGCUGCCUUACGCUACAUGAAGCACCUUUCACAGAGGACUCAGAGAGACCAUCUGUGUUUUUAUAAAAUUGGUGCAACGCUGGCUGCAGAACUUUUCACUUUAAAAAAAAUCCACAUUAUGAGUCUUUGCACAUGAGAAGCUGACGAUGUGCUGGCCUCUCUUAAACAACACAUCGUGGUUGCCUUGUCUCUGUUUAACGGUUUCCACGGUGACCUUGUACUUUUUCUAUGAAACUACUUUUUAUUUUUGAUGACAGUAACAGCCAGCAUUACAAAACAGAUUCAUGUAAAUAUAACUGAUAGAAACUUGUGAUUUUAGCCUGUACCUAUUAUCCAUAAAAGUCACUGUGUGUUAACUGCCGUGUAUGGUUUUCUAUAGCUCAAGGUUAUAAAACAUUAAAAUGAUGUUUAGGCUACUAACACAAGGGAGAAGAUGGAUAAAGAUUUGUUUAUUUCAUUACUUAGUACAGUUUAAACAACUUGUUCUUUACUGUUGUUGUUUUACUUUACUUUCUCAAUAAAACAUUUUUUUUAAUUGAA